UGAUUACUUUCAACGACCUUUUCUCGGUUUCUUUUUAACGCACGUAAGAAACCAAAGGGAAACUCUCUUGUUUUCCUCUGAUUAUGGAGCAAGAGGCAGAGAUCGAUCGUUUGCCGAUAGACUUGUUGGCUCAUAUAUUGAUGAUGAUUACUUCUUUCACCGAUUUAGCCCAAACAAGUGGAGUUUGUAGGAAAUGGAAACAAGGGGUGAAAGAGGCUUUAGCCAGAAGAAAGACUCUGAGUUUUGCUGGUUGUAAAAUGGAUGAUGAUUCCACCGCUCGUCUCGUUCGUCAUGCUUAUAGCCUCAAAGAACUCGAUAUUUCUAGGAGCCGGUGGGGUUGCCAAAUAACCGACAAUGGACUUUAUCAAAUCUCAUUGGCAAAGUGUGUUAGCAACUUGACAUCUAUUUCCCUUUGGGGUAUUACAGGGAUUACCGACAAAGGUGUCGUUCAACUGAUAACAAGAGCCAAUUCCUUGCAACAUUUUAAUGUUGGGGGUACAUUUAUAACAGAUGAAUCGUUAUCCGCCAUUGCUGAUAGCUGUCCGCGAUUAAAGAGUAUCGUCCUUUGGAGUUGUCGUCGUGUUACAGAAUCAGGGCUGUUUGUUCUUGCAAGUAAAUGUCGGAAACUAGAGUCGAUCAAUGUAUGGGGGACCAGAGUUCCUUUAGAUUGUUUCAUUGGGUUGCUUACCAUCCGCCCAGCUCUUCAAAUAAAACCACAAGGUUUGCCAUUAAAUGUCAUAUUACCUGCUGUAUAAGCUGCUCAUUCAUGUGAUCAUUGCAUUGACAAUAGUUGCCUGUACAUAAUACAUUUUUCUGGUAUUUUCAAUCACUAUUAUAUGAAUUUGUCGAUUCCAUAAA